CUAAUUUUUGGUUAAUUACAAAAAAGGGUCCAACCAAAAUCUCAAACGAAGAACACAAACACACCCAAUGCCAGCAAUGGACAGGCUCUCCAAAACAAAACCCUAAAAUCCUGAAUCUCAAAUUCCCUUCUCUAACUCCUUAAGAUCUCUCCUCAAUGGCUUCUCUUCUCCAAAACCUAAUCAAAAAGCAAUCUUCCAAACUUAUCACCGCUACUCUGGUUAAACCACCUCUACCAAAUCUCAUACCACCCCUCUUAACACAUCUUCAUCACGAUCCCACCAUUACCAAUUUUACCCCUUUCAAAACAGGGGAUUCGAUUCCUCCUGAUGCGACCCCGAUCUUUCCAAGUUUUCCAUUUGGGUUAUGUUUAAACCCCAUUUAUUCAACUGGCUUCGUGCCAUCCGACGCCGACGGCGUCGUUUCCGACGAGGGUCUGUGGGCAGAUAGUGUAAAGAAGAAGAGGAAGAAGAAGAUGAACAAGCACAAGUUGAAGAAGCUGAGGAAGCGUCUCAGGAAGCGCACUUAGGGCUUGGUUUGGUAAGAAUUUGUCUCUUGGGAUUAGGGUUUAUGGUUUUCUGUUUAGUGACUAAACAAUGUAGUGAUUUACAGAUAUGGUAUCAGUGUUUGGCCAAAGAGAUUGGGAAGGGCUUUAAUGGGUCAAUUUUGCCUGUUAUUCAAGAAUAAUUGCAACAUUUGUUGUUCAUUUUGCUGACGAAAAAUGGUGAAUUUGUUAAGUUGUUGGCAGGCAGCAUUAACUUCUUGUAAGUUUGGGUUCUGAUUUACACAACUGUUGGGAUCACCUUGAUUUACUUGGAACUUAUUACCAA